CCUUCCAUUUGUUAGGUGCGGAAGCAGAUUUAGGAGCCAAUUCCGGAAAUCAAGAACAAAUGUAUUUCUUCAAUCUUUGGUGUGAAAAGAAAUGUCGAAAAAUCGACGCUUUAUUUAGUAAAAAAGAAACGAUGAAACAUAAAAAAGACUAAAUUCCUCUGAGAAGAGAAAAAAGGAAGGCUGUCUGUUUAUGAUCUGUUCUUGUCUUUCGCUUUUCUGGUCAAUCCAACAACAAAAAAAAACUUUUACAAGGAGACAGGCCAAUCAUUUUUCCAUCAACCAAAAAAAGAAAAAAAAAUCAUUACUACCAAAAAGUUGGCCGCUGUCGUGUUGUUGAAAUUCUCUUUGAAAACGACAACAUUUGAUCAAAAAUGCAGAGAUAAAAAAAGAAGCAGCGCCCGUUUGGGGCCGCAAGAAAAUGGAUUGGAGCUGACUGCCAUUGUUGUUUAAGAAAAGAAAGAAAAAAAAAGGAAAAACAAGUUGGAGAAUGAACAACGGCUUGAAUGGCAUUGUGAAAGUGUGGGAAGCGAAAUUGAAGAAAUCUCGAGGCGCGGCGAAGAAGAGCAUAUUCUCAGCUAUGUCAGUUGCCCACGUGGACGACGAGGAGGAGGAGGCGGCGGAGGAGGUGGAGAAGGAGUUCUCGAACGAGGACACCUACUCGGGGCAGUGGUCCGACAAGUGGCCCCACGGGCGGGGCCGGUGCACGUGGGCGGACGGGUGCAGCUACGAGGGCGAGUGGCGCCGUGGUUGGAUGAUGGGGCGGGGCAAGUUCACGUGGGCCUCGGGGGCCGCCUACGAGGGCGGGUUCAAGAAUGGGUACAUGGAUGGGGACGGCGUGUUCCAGGGCUCGACCAACGAGAGGUAUAGCGGGACUUGGCAGUCGAGCCUCAGGCACGGGAAGGGCGUGUGUGAGUACGCAAACGGGGACAAGUACGAGGGUCAUUGGAGGCGGGGCUUGCCCGAUGGCAAGGGGAAAUAUAGCUGGAUUAAUGGGAACCAGUACGUGGGGCAUUGGAGGCGGGGGCGGAUGAAUGGGAACGGGACGAUGGUGUGGGCGAACGGGAACCGGUACGAUGGCGGGUGGGAGGCCGGGUUGCCCCGGGGGAACGGGACGUUUAGGUGGGCCGAUGGGAGCUGCUAUGUGGGGGUGUGGAGUAAGGAUCAGAGUGAGCAGAGUGGGACCUAUUAUCCGUCGAGCUCGCACUCGGGGAGCUUCGAGUGGGACCCACAGGAGGUGUAUUUGGAGAAUUUGAGUGAUUGUAGGAUCCAUCCUGGUGAGGAGAUGGGGGAGUACCCUUGCCAGAAGGCUGUGAGUUGGCCUUGUGAUGGGGAGGAGUUGAGAUCGGUGGUGGUGGAUGGGAUUGGAGUUGGGGGGGGCUCCGAGUAUAGUUUUGAUGGGAGCAAUGCUUGCAGCUUUGAGUCGAGUAGGGAUUUGGGGGAGCUGGAUAUGGACGUGUCUAGGGGGGGCUCGGCCGGCGGCGGCAGACCCCAUAUCAUUAUCAAGCCAACCAAGAAGCAGGGGAACACCAUCUCUAAAGGCCACAAGAAUUAUGAGCUCAUGCUCAAUUUGCAACUAGGAAUAAGGCACGCGGUGGGGAGACCGGCUCCAUCGACAACCCUUGACCUAAAAGCAUCGGCUUUCGAUCCGAGGGAGAAAGUGUGGACGAGAUUUCCUCCAUCGGGAUCGAAACACACUCCGCCCCACCAAUCGUGUGAUUUCAGAUGGAAGGAUUACUGCCCAUUGGUUUUCCGGGCGCUCAGAAAACUGUUCAAGGUGGAUCCAGCUGAUUACAUGAUAUCCAUAUGCGGAAACGACGCCCUUCGGGAGCUCUCCUCGCCCGGGAAAAGUGGAAGCUUCUUCUACUUGACCAACGACGACAGAUACAUGAUCAAGACCAUGAAGAAGUCCGAGGCCAAACAGGUGCUCAUCAGAAUGCUUUCGGCUUACUAUAAGCACGUCCGGGCCUUCGAAAACACCCUCGUCACCAAAUUUUACGGCCUUCACUGCGUCAAGUUGACGGGUGCUGCACAGAAGAAGGUGCGGUUUGUGAUAAUGGGAAAUUUGUUUUGUACGGAAUAUGCGAUCCACAGACGUUUCGACUUGAAAGGCUCCUCCCAUGGCCGCUUAACUGACAAGCCGGAAUCGGAGAUCGAACCGACGACGACACUCAAGGAUCUCGACUUGAAUUUCAUAUUCCGUUUGCACAAAUCUUGGUUUCGAGAUUUUUGCAGUCAAGUAGACAAAGACUGUGACUUUCUUGAACAAGAGAGAAUCAUGGAUUACAGUCUUCUUGUUGGGAUUCACUUCAGAGAUAUGUCGAAUGCUGGGGAGCCACUAAAUAUGGGGGCUCGAACGCCUCUUGGUAACGGAUCGCCGGAUCUUAGCCGGUCGACAUCGGUCAAACUAGGCGCCAACAUCCCUGCACGGGCGGAGCUAACGGUAAGAAAAAACAACGGGGAGGCGCAGCUGGUGGGGGAGCCGACGGGGGAGUACUACGAGGUGAUCCUGGUGUUCGGCAUCAUCGACAUACUUCAAGAUUACGACAUCAGCAAGAAGCUCGAGCACGCUUACAAGUCGUUCCAGUACGACCCCACCUCCAUCUCCGCCGUCGAUCCCAAGCAGUACUCCAAGCGAUUCAGAGAUUUCAUAUUUAGAGUUUUCACAGAAGAUGGUUGAUUUGAUCCAUCUUCUUGUAUUUUUACUUACCCCAUUUUUUUAUACACACUACAUAGCUAGCCUACGACAAUGAGAUAUUAUACAAUUAUACACCAAAACCCAUAUACUAUAUCAUUAUUUAUAUUUAGAAUCCAGACUAGUUUAAGUUUAUAUAUGUGGCAAUAUACAAAACUACCUAAAUAUUUAAAAGUGUCUACAACUUUUACCCACUUUUUCAAAA